UUUCAUUUGCAAACGCUUUUUCUAUGUUUUUUGUAUAGAUAUAUGUUAUUUGACCAGAAUGAGUGGAGAUAAUACAUUGCCUCGCUUAGAACUUUUGUCAACUAUAGCCUUUCAAGGAAAAAUAAGAAAUGGUCUUGUGUUUCAUUGUGACAAAAGACACAUAGCUUAUGCAGCUGGACAGACGGUGAUGGUAAGAGAUAUCGGAAAUGGAAAAGAAUAUAGACUUUCUGGGCAUUCAAACACAGUUUCCUGCAUUGCUGUUUCUAAAGAUGGUUCUCUUCUUGCUUCUGGCCAAGAAAAUUUCAUGGGAUUUAAAGCUGAUGUAAUUAUAUGGAAUUUUCAAGAGAAAAAAAUUUAUGGAUCUCAUUCUCUGCAUCGUGUGAAAGUAGAAGCUGUUGCUUUUUCCUGUGAUUCAAAGUAUGUUAUAUCAUUAGGAGGCCAAGACUGUGGCAGUGUUGUUAUCUAUGAUAUAGAUGGCUUAGCACCACUAUGUGGAAAUACUGCAGCACCCCUUGCUGGUGGAUAUGCCAACAUAAUCCGUAGUGCAAAUACAAGAAAUGACAUUUUUAUUUCUGCUGGAAACAAUAGCUUACGAGUUUGGAAAAUAGAUUUCAAACACAGAAGAGUGACACCAACUAAUGCAUCAAUAGGACGCAUCAAAAGAGAAAUAAAAUGUGUAGAUAUUGAUCAUAUGCAUAUGGACCAAAAUCUGUACUGUGGAACUGCUUCUGGUGAUAUUCUAAAGCUUCAGAUGAUUAUUAAUGAUGGAGAAAAUAAAACUUGGGAUGCUACAUUACUAUAUUGCUUGACAAGAGUAAUCAAAAAAGAAAUCCCUGGUGACAUACCAUUGUUCAGUGGUGGUGUUACAGCUUUAGCUGUUUUAAAAACUGGUGAGCUCUUGAUUGGAACAGGAGAUGGCAUUGUAUGCCGUUCUGUGCAAGUAGAGCAGAGGGCUAAGAAUUUAACAUCUAAAGCUGCAGAAAAAUCACUGGGAACCAAGAAUGCUAAAAUCAAAGUAGAGAUGCGGUUACGAGAAACUGAGAGGACUCUUAUACUAGGAAGUGUAACAUCUAUUGCAUUGCGUGGAGAUGGGCAUCAAUUUCUUUUAGGCUCUGCAAAAUCAGAAAUAUAUCAGGUUACUCUUGUGGGAUUUCACUGUGAAAGAUUUUAUACUUGCCAUGGCAGUGCUGUAAAUGAUAUUGCUUUUCCCUUUAAAUGUUCAGAUUUAUUUGCUACAUGUUCUAAGGAAACAAUCCGUGUAUGGAAUGCAGCAUCAUCUCAGGAACUUUUGAGAAUAGAAAUCCCUAAUAUGACAUGCAAUUCAAUAUUCUUGAUGCAAGAUGGAAGAUCUAUUAUUAGUGGAUGGGACGAUGGAAAGAUAAGGGCUCAUACUCCUGAAACAGGGCAAUCCUUAUAUAUCAUAGAAAAUGCUCACCAGCGUGGAGUUACUGCUCUAACUGCCUCCUCAAACUGCUUAAGAGUUGUCAGUGGUGGCGGAGAAGGUGAUGUUAGAGUGUGGGACAUCACUUCUAGCAUACAAGUUCUUGUUAGAACAAUGAAGGAGCAUAAAGGUGCCAUUACAUGUAUACGAAUGAAAAGCAAUGAUAGAGAAUGUGUGACAUCUGCUGGAGAUGGUUCUUGCAUUAUAUGGGACUUAGAAAAUUUUAUCAGAAUACAAGUUGUAUUUGCAAAUACUCUGUUUCAAGCUGUUUGCUAUGGUCCAAGAGAACAACAAAUUAUCAGCUGUGGAACUGAUCGAAAAGUCACAUACUACGAAGUUCUUGAUGGUACUCUUAUCAGAGCCUUAGAAGCUUCAUUAUCUGGUUCUAUAAAUGCCUUGGAUAUAACAGAUGACUGCAAAAUUUUUGUAACUGGUGGUGCUGACAAAUUUAUCAAGGUUUGGAAAUAUGUGGAAGGAAUAGUAACACACAUUGGGGAAGGCCACAGUGAUGAAAUUACCGCCCUUCGAAUAUCUCCAAAUAGAAAAUAUAUUAUAAGUGUUGGCAAAGAUGGUUCUAUAAUUCGAUGGAAGUUCCCAUCAUAAUUUUUAUUUCAUAUUGUUGUUUUAUUGUGCACAUUUAUUGUAAAAGUUUUAAGUCUGUUUAAUUUAAAAACUGCAUAUAAAACUAGUUAAUUUUAUUUAAUUAACUAUUUAGCAUAAAUUUAUUUUGAAAUGCAUUGUCAUGUAUUAUGCAGAUCUUUAUUCAUAAUAUUUUAUAAAUAGCUAAUGUGAUUAAUUUUUCAAAUUUCAGCCUAAAUUGUUCUAAUAUUUUUAUAUAAUUUUAUUUAAAUGCUUUACAUGGUAGUAUACCUAUCUAAUUAUGGAAAGAAAGUAGUCUUCAUUUUAAUUAUCAAUAAUAUUAAAGUUAAAUAUCUUUACUAUUAUUCCGUUUUGGCAUAUUAAGCAUGUUUGUUCAUAGUUCUAAUUAGCAAUACAAAGGCUAGAUAUUUUUAUUAUUUCUUUUCUCAUACAAGUCAUGUCUAGAAAAUAGUACACAUUUUGUAGUUAAAAAUAAUGAAAGCAGUUGGUUGAAGAAAAUUUUUUUAUUUUGAAAAUACUUUGGGAUAUUAUUUUGCAUAUAAUUACUGGCACUGAGACACUUAUUGGGAGACAUAUUUCAGUAAACUCUUCUCAGAUACUUCCACCAAAUGACUUCCAUUCAAUGAAAGCAAAUGGCAUAAAAAAAAAAAAACAUGAUCAUCCUCCAAGGUCAAUACCCAGCCACAUGCUUCUGCAUCCACACAGCAGUUUCUUCAGAACUUAUUGUAGAAGGUUUGGGAAACUAACAAACCCCAAACUUGUUCUCCAGUGAUUACUAGCUUUGUGGAAAGUUCUUUGUUAACAGCAAAAAUCUCCAGAAAAUGGUAACUGCUUUUCGUGAUAGACUGACUGCAGAAGUUUAUGAUCAGGAUAACAAAUAUUUGUCCUUUCAUAGUACCUGAAAUCCUCAGUGCCACAGUUAUCUAAAUAGAGUAAAAGAAACAGUGCCAUGGUUAUCUAAGUAGAAUAAGCUUUAAAUGUGUACUUUCAAAGCUUGAAACAAAAAUUGUUUAUAUAAUUUCUUUCACUCUCUUUUUUAUUACCAAAUGGACACUACUUUUUGUCAUGCUAUGUAGAUCUUCAUUAUGCUAUGCAGAUUGUAUUUAAUAUUUUUUCAAUAGGUUUUCAUCUUAAUAUAUCCUUCCUUUAUGUUUGACAUAUAUAUUGUGAGAUUUAUAAUUAUUUAUUAUUUUAUGAUAUAUAUAUACUUAUAGUAUGUUAUGAAUUUGUUGUUUAAAUGCAAUUAAAAAUGUCUUUCAUUUGUUAUAAAUAAAUAGUUUAAAAUAUAUGAGCAUUCCACAUAAGAAAUAACUUAAUAAAAUGCAGUCAAAUACAUAAAUUCACAUCUGAGAAUUCUUAUGGUCGUAGUAAGCCCAUAUUUAUGUAUGUUAAUUAAGCUUGAAAUGGGAACAAUGAUAUCAAAUGGAGUUAAAGUUCAUUUUCAAGGAUUUUUUAUGCAUUUUUUUAUUAGUCUCUAAUUCCAUUUGUUCUUAUCAUAGCUUUUUGAAUUUGAAUAAUUGAACUUGGUCUUCUGAUUUAGUGUAUUGAAUUUUUUAGAGGUAUUUGUAUUGUGAAUUUCUGUGUAUCAUUUAAAGUUUUAGUUUUAUCAAAUCCAUUACUUAUGAAUUGUUGCUAAAUUCGUUGCUGAUUAGUUCAAAAUUUAUAUAAAAUAUUUCAGAUACAUACAUAUGAAAUAAAAUAUUGUGAAUAACAGAUUCUUAGAAUAUAAUUUGUGGAGUAAUCAAUUUAAAAUUACAUUCCAAUAUUAAUUUCUCUGCUUUCUACUGUGCUUUGCAUAUAGAAAAUUAAUUUCCAUAAUUUAAGUGAAGGAUUUAAUUGGUAUAUCUUUAAUUGAUACAACUGAGUAUUAUUUGAGAAAAAAUGCUUCAAAGUGAAUUUCUGUAUUUCUUGUUAGUGACAAUGAAUUGGAACAAACUUAUUCAGAAUUAAAUGCAAACAAAUUGCACUUCACUUGUUGCUUGUAUUUCGUAAGAAUUUAGACUGUCUAUAAAUUUCAGUUUUAUCAAACGUUAAGUAGAUUUAUUAUAAAACAUGUGAAAUACUUUUUGAAAUUUCUUUUGAUUGUUUCUCUGUCUAAAAUUUUGGUUUUAAUGUAUCAGAUAGCAUUUUAUUAGCUUUAAGUUCAUUAUUCAUUUCACACAUUUGAAGCAUGUAUUCUGUACUGUAAUUUUACUUGUAAUACAAUCAAAAAUAUGCAGUGAUUCCCUUCUUAUAUGCUAUUUUGGUGAUUUUAAUGCAUUCACCUCCUUCAACCAUAUAUAUAUAUAUAUAUAUUUCCUCACAGGGCAUGAUUAAUAAAAUAUUGUUAGCUCUAGCAAAAAGAGAAAACAUUUUUUUAAAUAAGCUUGUAAUCAGAUUUAUAACACAUUUUUUGUAAAAAAAAAAUUGCUUUCAUUAUAUGUUUGUGUAAUUCUGGCAUACUUUUUCUCAGUUGCUUGUCCCUUAAGUUAAACCUCUUUAAAUAAAUAGAGAAGCAAAAAUAUGUUAAUUUAUUAAUAAUAAACUCAGUUAUCUUCAAAAAUGCUAUUUACGGCAUAUGGAAAUGUUAGAAUAAGUCAUCUGCUUAGUAAAUUAUAUAUAUAUAUAUAUAUUCAAUAGAUUGAAUUUAAAUGAAAUAAUGCACAAAUGAAAAAGGAGCAUAAUCUAAGAACUGCAUAUUAUAACACUUCAUAGUUACGUUUAAUAAAUUAUAAAUCUUUUUAUAUGAAGCAAGGGUGGGGGACUAACGCUUGAUCUAACUGGAAGAAAAGCAUAUUAGUAUAAAAUUUUAAAUUAUUAGAAUAAAUCAUAGAUUUUUAAUAAAACUCUUAAUAUUUAGGAGGAAUUAAUUGAUAAAGGUCCUGAAGAUGAGACAAAACUUCCAAAUUCCUACUUAAAAAUUCUCCUUGUAAUAAAAAAAGCAAAACAAAUGUGAUUGAAAGCAUGGGAACAGUGAUGACAGAUGCUCUGUUUUCCCUGGAAGUUGAAAAUAGAAGCAUAUAUUUUCUUUACAGGCAUGAAUCUUUUCCACUGCACAUCUACAGUAGGAGAAAAAAAGACUGCAGCAGAUAUUUUGUAUGCAGUAAAAGAGGUGAUCCUGAGUAUUAUAUUUUUAUGUGCCAAUUAAUAGCAAAUAAUGCAUUGCAGAAUUCUUAACCUAUUUCAUUUAAACUAAUUCUAAUUAAGCAUGAGUUGGUGCAUAUGUAUAUACAAUAGGCUCAGUAUAUACUAAACAAAUCUGUGGCCAGAUUGUUAAAAAUAUGCAAAAAGUAUCUGCUAUGAAUAAAAUAGAAGUAUGCCUUUCAUAAAAAUCUCAAACUCUCAGUACAAUUACUUCACGAAGUGCUCCUUGUAAACAUAAGAGUAAUUUUGUGAAAAGUACAGGGUGGUCAUAACUAACUAAACUAAUACCACUCUCCGUCCAAUGAAAGGACAUUCAGGGUCUGGCAAAGAAUAGCCAGAAGAGUCACCCGAAGAUGACUUUGAACACACCUGCUAGGCCUGGAGUCCCACAUCCCCGAGACACCAACAAUUUUGAAAGACCCUCUGCUAGAACGCUUAGCGAACAGCGAGCCCACCGCUAAACACGAACCAGUCAAGACCACCGUCCCGGCUGGGCCGAGACCAUGGUGGGGUAGGCGAUGACAACUUACGGUCGAUGACCGGCCAUUAAUUUGGGCUACCUGCCAGCAUUACACGGGAUGCCCCUCUCCUUAGGCUUUACAUGGAAUUCCAAGGACAGCAGUGACCAGACUCUCAAUGGUCCAGUUUGCUAUUUUAUAUUUUAUUGGUAUUGGUAGCCAAAUAGCAAAAAUAUU